CUCCUGUAAACUGUGCUGGGCUUUGACGCGCGUCAAAACAUUGCGUCUCUUCUAGACUUGGCUGCAUCGCUGAAGAGCGGAGGAAAUUUUGUGAUUUUUCCUGGGAAGUAAAGAAUGCUCCGCGGUGUUUAGGAUUGGCUCUGCCACGAGGGAAAACGAGAAGGUGCGACAUUUUCUCUGCUACGUGGAGAUUCGCAGUUUCUUCCCCUCAAAGGUGUUCGCCUCCCGCCCCGCCGCCCACCACGGCCCUCACCUGUGUGUUGCGGUGCUUCCCUUGUGAGCCGACCUGGGCUGGCAGUCCCUUCUUGCACCGCCCGCCAACCCCGCCCAUGGUCAGAAUGACGCGCUCCAAGACCUUCCAGGCUUACCUGCCGAGCUGCCACCGGACCUACAGCUGCAUCCACUGCCGAGCUCACCUGGCCAACCAUGACGAGCUCAUCUCCAAGUCAUUCCAGGGCAGCCAGGGCAGAGCCUACCUGUUCAACUCUGUGGUGAACGUCGGGUGUGGCCCUGCAGAGGAGAGAGUUUUGCUCACAGGCCUGCAUGCUGUAGCAGAUAUCUACUGUGAGAACUGCAAGACGACCCUGGGCUGGAAAUAUCGGCCUGAAGACAAAGACAAAGCAGUCAGAACACGUGCAUGAUGAUGUUUGGAGGAAGGAGUUUUUGAUUGACAGCGUUGCAGAAACAUACAUGACAACGGAGCCUUUUCUGCCUCAGUCCUGUGUGGAUUUUACGAGGGAAGUCUGUAGACAAACAGCUGGUCAUUAAGUGUGUUAUUUGUAAAUAAAAACACCACUUUGCUCCCUGCAUCUCCCCCGACACGAUCCUACUCUCUGUCAAAGUUCUAAAUAUCCUCUGUGUCUGUCUCUGCCACACCCUCCAGGAACAUGCCUUUGAGAGCAGUCAGAAGUAUAAAGAGGGCAAGUUCAUCAUUGAACUGGCCCAUAUGAUCAAGGACAACGGCUGGGACUGAUGGACAAGCACCCGGGACAGGACCGCCACAGUGUAGAAGAGGAGGGGGAGGGACCACGGGGUGGCGGGAUGGAUGGACAAAUGAAAGGAGGAGGGGUAGCGGGGUGGGACGUGUGUGGUGGGUGAGUGUGUGACUUUGGUUUGGCUGAUUUACCAUUAACCUUUGUAACUCUCCCUCCCUACCAUGCCUCUUGAUGUAGACACACACACAAACACAUGCAUACAUCAAGAGCGCAGACAUCCCAGCUUGACAGAGAGAACGGACGAGGCAGGCUCGUACGCAGCUAGCAGGGCUAGGUGACUGGCCGUGGCCGGCAGUAGUGGACGUUUUUUUUUCUGAAACUUUG